UAAUCACUACUAUUCUGCUUCAAAAUUUUAUGCUACAAUGGGAGUCCUGCAAGUCCAGCUUUUGUUAGUUCCCUUCCUCACAAGCUCCCUGGGAGCAGCACAGUACCUGAUGCAGGAUGCAGCACUGAUGAACUACAUGGACCGACGUUUCCUCUCUCUGGAGAAGAGCCUGGAAAAAUGCAACCAAGACAUAGUGGAUUAUGUGGACGAAUUCCGAGACUUUUCAAAGAUGGUACUGUCACGCUUGGCAGGACUGAACUCUUAUAAGGCUGAAGUUAAAAGUGAAGUACAGAAUUUGCUAACAAGAAUUGAACGAGCACAAAGGGACAUUGACUAUUUUGGAUCUGUCACAGAUUCUAACCUAUGUAUAGAAGUGCACGAAGACCUGGUGAAACAGCAGUUACUUGAAGAGGCAGAAGAAAAAAAGAAACUUAAACUCAUGCUUAAUGCAAGUUGUAAUCACAUGCUUGCAAGUAUUAAGUCCCUAAAGAUAGUUAAGAAGACUGGAGAUAAGCAUGGCUCUUGGAUGAAAGAUCCUGGCAAAAAGCAUACAAAAAUUUAUUUAUUAAAUGGUUCUGUAAAUAAUGUUAUUUUGGAAUUUGCAAAUAUAAUGACAUUCAUGGAAAACAAUCAGACACUAAGUGCUCGCAGAGUCACAUUGCCAUUUCCCUGGGAAGGAACUGGCCACGUCAUAUAUCAGGGUUUCCUGUUUUAUCAUAGAUAUGGCUCCUUAAAUGAGAUUACUAAAUUCAAUAUACAGAGCAGAAAAGUAGCUGACCAAAUGCUACUGCCAGGGGCUGGAAGGAUUCCUGCCUAUCAGCUUUCCCCACAUACAAAAAUAGAUCUUGCCAUUGAUGAGCAAGGGCUCUGGGCAAUUCAUGCAGAGCCAGAGACUGGAGGAAACAUUGUCAUUACUAAAAUCAACCACAUAACCAUGGCAGUGGAGCACACCUGGGAUACACCCUGCAGCAGCAAGGACGCUGAAGCAGCUUUCAUGGCAUGCAACACACUCUACGUUGUCUACAACUCUCCUAGUAGAGGCACCUCUCGCAUACGAUGUGUUUAUGAUGUUUUGGAUGUUGUAAAUAGCUAUGAAAUCCCAGCAUUGCAUUUCCCAAAACGUCAGGGGAGCCAUUCCACUAUACAUUACAAUCCUAAAGAAAAGCAGCUCUUCGCCUGGGGUGAUGGAUCUCAGAUCAUUUACAAGCUUCACACACAGCAGAAAGUUUAGAAUCUUUAGCAACUUUUCAAAUAGACUUAAAAGCUGCCAGUCCCAUGUCAACAUGACCAUUAAUGCGAAUUAAAAUUACAUUAUACCCAUCUGUUACAA